AUGGAGGAAGAAAAUAGUAUGCUGGCACCACCAGUUGUCGUGCAGCUGCGGGCACAAGCUGGUGGUCAGAUGGAGCGCUCUCUGAGUGCGGAUAUUCGGGAGGAGAGAGAGGACCUGCGAGAGGCCGCGGAGCAAACACUCAACGUGAUCAUGGAUCUGGGACUAAAUGGAAAUAUUAGAUGGGUAAGCCCCUCUUGGACUGAUGUUAUCGGCACCAGUUUCGAGUCGGUGCAAGGAAAGCCAAUCAAAGACCUGCUAGUCAGCGAGAACAAGGAGGCUUUUUCGGACAUAGUGGAGUCUAUGAAGAAAGAUGAUUCACGCAGUCAAAUAGUCCGUUUCAGUGUGCAGCUGGGACCUGCCUCCAAGUUGGCUCCCAUCGACACUCUCAUGGCCGAGACGGACGAGGAAUUGGCGGCAGCACAGCGUGAACCCGCGACGAUUGAGCUGGAGGGACAAGGCAUCAUGGUUUACGACCGAACAUCUGGAGGAGAGAGUCACACAAUGUGGAUGAUCAGACCCUGGAUCGCCCCUCGCGAAAUCCAAAUCGACUUACCUGCUGUAAUUGUCGAUUCUCUCGGUUCCGGAGCAGAGGUCCUGGCAAGUCAUCUUACGACAUUAGCUGAAGCUGGGUUGGAGGAUCCGGGAAAUCAUGCCCCCCCUCUUCCUGUUCUUUGUCGGAUUUGCGAACGGCAAAUUCCUCCAUGGUGGUUUGAGAAGCAUACAGAGCUAUGUCUGCAGGAGCACAAAGCUGAGAUGGAAGUUCAGAUGUGCCAAGAAAACCUUACAGAGCACCGUCACGCCAUUGUGAAAGUGCUCGAUGCUCUUGAAGCUCGCAAAUCACGACCUAUUGCUGGCGACCAACCUGCUUUGACACCUCCCCAGGCCGAAUACAAGGGCAUGCCCAUUGGUCCCGGCUCCUCCACAUCUUCCUCCGGAACCGCAUCUCCAGGUACACCUGCUGAUCGAUCGAGGGAUCCUUCCAGGUCUGGCUUCGGCCAUGCGCGAGCCAGAUCCUUUGCUGUUCGAAGACCCCAAGCAAGGAUUGUCGAACUACUCCUUGAUCUUUGCGAUACUGCUCUUGAGAUUAGCACGCCCGCUAUCAAAGAAGCCUCUGCUCAUGCUCCUGGCGAGUUUCGCACGCAAUCUCCUCAAUCUGAAUCCCGUAUAUCGCAAGUGAUGCAAUGGCAAUCUCCUACUAAUAAUACGCUAGAGCAAGAACAGGGCUUGUCUGUACUUUGCCAGGAUAGCGAGAGAGCAGCCAAAGGAAAGGUCGAGGCUGUUUUACGCCACCGCAGAAUCAUCGAAUACUCCGAGCGUAUCCGUAUCGAGUUCUCGGUUAUUGUUCAAGAUUGUAUCGAUGAGGCCAUGCGAAAGGCUGCUAAGAUUGCUGCCGGUCAUCUUACAGACUCCGAUGACGAGACAGAGAGAAUCCCUGCGAAUGAUGAAGGAUUCUUCAGCGGCUCUUUUGAUGGGCCUUCUUCAUUAGCAGCCGCUCUUCGAGAAGCUGAAUUGGGUCGUAGUGGAGCACGGCGAAUUUCGUCAACUGCGAUUUCGACCAGAUCGAGCAGCCCCAAGGAGUGCCCAACACCGCGAUCGCAUACUGGCCAGCACAGCAUCUUAUCGCAGUCUCAGGAUUCUCGUCGACAAUCUCUAUUCUUUGAGAGUGAUGCAGGUGCAGAAAGUGAUACGAGUCAUCGGUCGUCAUCAUUGAUGUCCCGACCUACCCGCACAGAAUCUCCUGUCUCCGAAUUUGGUGAUCUUAGACGUGCUGCGAGCUCUCGUCAACGACAUCGGCGAAGUAUUAUCCUUCCUGGAACAACAUCUCCUCACAGGCAAGAAUCUCCUGUCCGGAUCCCGCAACCGUCUUCGCCGCUCCGCAUUUCAAAGCCUCGAGGUUUGCCUAUUGCUCAUGAAGGAGUUGUCUCCCCUACAGCAUCGCCGAUGCUUCCGGGAAGCGAAUUUACCUCACCAGCGCUUAUUCCCAAUCACCAGCACCAUCAUAGACGGCAGUCAUCAGCUGCUGGCUCGGACCCCUCACGGCAACCGCCAUCCCCUCGACUCAAUUCUGUCAGUGCACCGCAAGCUCGAGCGGUACCACCAUCCAUUAAGGACUUCGAGAUCAUUAAACCAAUCAGUAAAGGUGCAUUUGGUAGUGUCUAUCUAGCCAAGAAGAGAUCUACCGGUGACUACUAUGCCAUCAAAGUCUUGAAAAAGGCAGACAUGGUUGCAAAGAACCAAGUCACCAAUGUCAAAGCAGAGCGUGCUAUCAUGAUGUGGCAAGGUGAAAGCGAUUUUGUUGCGAAACUGUACUGGACCUUUUCCAGCAAGGAUUAUCUCUAUUUGGUCAUGGAGUAUUUGAAUGGUGGAGAUUGUGCGUCUCUCAUCAAAGUUCUCGGCGGCCUGCCAGAAGAUUGGGCGAAGAAAUACCUGGGCGAAGUUAUUUUAGGUGUUGAGCAUCUUCACAAUCGCGGAAUUGUUCAUCGAGAUCUCAAACCUGACAAUCUUCUCAUUGACCAGAAAGGUCAUUUGAAAUUAACUGAUUUCGGUCUCUCGCGAAUGGGCCUGAUUGGUCGCCAAAAGCGGGUUCUCAACAGUUCCACAAAUGAUUCUGCCCCAGAUCUUCUAAAGCAAGGCCCAUUUGCGCGGACAAUGUCCAUUAGCUCAUCACGGUCAACCUCAUUUGAUUUUCAAGGCCAUCACUCACCAGGAUCUACACCUCAGAUGACUCCAGACCUUGCUGGUGGGCUGGCGACUCCAUCAUACUUCGCCCUGAGUCGUGAGAACACCCUGAACAAAGAGUCUCGCCGUGCUUCCGGCCGUAGCGACUCCGGUGGCAGUGAUGCUUUAAAUCAAAUGUUCAGCAGCUUUUCUCUCAACGAUAGUCAAGCCCAACACAUGAUGAACCAGAGACGGAGUCCUAUUGAAGAAAUGAGCGAGAAUGAAGGAACCGUCUCUCCCGACCUUCCAGCUCUGCACCCGACAACCAGCCAAACAAGUUCAGACAUGCGUAGUACGCCACCACAGACCAGUAUGAUGCCACCCCCAAUGGCGUUGUUUGAUCCUGAUGAUAGCAAUCGUCGUUUCGUCGGCACUCCAGACUAUCUUGCGCCCGAGACUGUGAAUGGUGUUGGCCAGGACGAAAAUAGUGAUUGGUGGUCUGUUGGUUGUAUUCUGUUCGAGUUCUUGUAUGGAUAUCCACCAUUCCAUGCACCGACGCCGGACGAAGUUUUUGAAAACAUCCUCGCUCGCAGAAUCUCUUGGCCUGAUGAUAACGAUUUUGAAGUGUCCCCAGAGGCAAAAGACUUGAUGAACAAGCUUCUCUGCCUCAACCCGCGGGAAAGGCUUGGAGCCAAUACUGAUGACAAGUUUUCUUGCGGCGGCGACGAGAUUCGAAACCAUCCGUGGUUCGACGGCACGCAAUGGGAUAAGCUCCUGGAGGACGACGCACAAUUCGUCCCGGCGCCUGAAAAUCCAGAAGAUACUGAAUAUUUUGACUCUCGCGGUGCUACCUUACAAUCGUUUGCAGAGGAGAUGGAAGAUCAGACCUCACCACAGCCUUCGACGGCAGGUACUGAAUACCAUGAACGCCCUCAUGAUGCGCUGUCUCGUGUACGGUCUCAAGUCAAUUCGAUCAAGCGUGGCUUGAUGCCUUUGCAUAUCCCACCCCAUGUCCGCGAUAUGAAGAGUCGCAGACUCAGCGAACCUGUAAUUGCGGAUGACUUCGGGAAUUUUGCGUUCAAGAAUUUGCCGGUUCUGGAGAAGGCGAACAAAGACGUCAUACAAAAACUUCGCGCUGAGGCUCUAGCUGCACAGAAUAAACAAAAUGCUACGAGCCCAAGUGGCCCAGGACCAAACAACGCAACUUCACCGGGACCAGUCUUGGAAGGAAGUCCUAUCCUGCCAAUGCCCAUCCAGCGGACACUCUCAAAUGCCAAAGCUACCGCCAGACCAUCUUCACCAUCAGGAUUCAGCCAGUCAAAUUCGUCGCCGAGCAGAGCGUCCCAGCCUUCAUCGCCACUUCUCGUUUCUUUUGUUGCCGGCCAGAAUGGUGAGGGUCGCCGCAAGACAUCGAGCACUUCCUCCAGUCUGUCGCAUCAAUCCAACAAUUCAUUAGCACCUGGGAGCUUCUUCGACGGACCAAGACUUCCGUCUAGUCUUCAAAAGGCCUCCUCAGCGGUCUCGUCACCCAUUAAGACUCGAGGAGGAGCACCACCACCACCAUUGGCACUGUCACCUCAAAAGAUUUCGACACCAAGACAAGCCAGUAGCUCUUCCACGAGAGCUCGGUCGCAAACUGUUGGCUCGCAGGAAGGCAGCCCAAUACCUGCCGAUCUCUUCUCGCACCGCAAGCGACGCAGCCAAGUUUUCGAUAUGUCGCCAUCGUCAUCGGACAACGAAGGCGAUAAGGCCAACGCCCUUCUUCGUGUUCAACGUCGUCGCCAAAGUUCUCGCAGGAUGUCUCAAAUCACCUUGGCCGAUGGGCCAGCUUUCCGUCCUCUAGAUGUUCUCAUCUGCGAAGAUCAUCCCGUGUCACGAAUGGUGAUGGAGAAACUAUUGGAAAAAUUACGGUGCCGGACUAUCACUGUGGCGAACGGAGCGGAGGCCAUGCGAUAUGCUAUGAGUGAGAUCAAAUUCGACAUUAUCAUGAUGGAAUUUAAGCUGCCUCAAAUCAAUGGAGCAGACGUUGCUCGAAUGAUUCGUGACACCAAGAAUGCCAAUUCUGCCACUCCAAUAGUUGCAGUCACUGGCUAUCUCAAAGAGCUACAAGCACCUCAUCAUUUUGAUGCUUUGAUUGAAAAGCCUCCAACGACUUCAAAGUUAACAGAUGCCAUGUGCAGAUUGUGUCAGUGGAAGGCCCCAUCACCUGGUCAAAUUACAUCGAACCCACUGGGCUACCCUCAACCUUCCGGCUUGCGACAGGAGAGUCUUCGACUGGAAGAUAGCCCAACUUCAAAUGGGUCUCUGAGCUACUCUCAUAUGCCUGGUAGCUACAGAGGUUCCAGUCGAGCGGAUUCCAGAGGCUCUAGCCUCUUUGGAGACUCGGGGUCUCUUGCGAACGAGGACGUUCAUGUUGUCAUCAGUCGAAAAGCCACAGGCGAUUGGGAUGAUGCAUCUGGUCUCGGAAUAAGCAACGAGGAGGCAAUGCUCGACUCUCGCAAUCUUCCAAAGGCACUACCUCCGCACCUUCUUCACGAGGAGUCUGCACCAGGGCGGAUGGAGGCUACUCAUAAGCUUCCAAUCCGUCAACGAUCUACAGAAAAGAUGAGGAUGAAGCGGGAGUCUCUGGAGAAGCACCGCCGGGAGUGUGCUGAGUCGGCUGAAUCGGGAGAUGACGAGGAUGAAGUCCUGGGGGACGUGUCGGUGCGUGAGAAGACCAGCCCUAAAGGUGCCCAGAAGACACACCGAGGAUCCAAGCUCAGCACGGAAAUGAUGAGAACAAACAGUCGUGGCAGCGUCGUCUCGAGUUCGGACGCGACAGCCUAUGCUGACACCAUCGAACCACCUCCUACAGUUGCUGAAGAAGCUCCUUUGGCGUCUGAAAUCAGCGGCGCAAGCUUAACUCCACCGGAAGUUUUCACCACUCCGGGUGAGAAUGUCAUCAAUAUUGACUUGAACGAAACUCCCAAGCCAUCUGCUUCCCAAAGAAACCCGAUGGACGUUGAUCAAACGCCACGACCGUCUACAGCGUCACAUCGGUCAGAUUACAUGAUGUGUAAGAGCAAUAGUGGAGACGGCCAACCAUUAUAA